AUGUUGAGCGCGGAAGGCUAUUAUGUCACAGAAUUCGUGCAGGAGACUGGUCUGUCUGGCUCCUGCCUGGAUUUCCCGCCUCAACACAUGCUUGCCCCGCUUCAAGCUAGGCCAUCAUGUUUCUGUGAGCACUUGUCACAGGCUCUUGGACCUCAUGGCAGCAGCCUCCCCGGUGCUGCCCCUGGGGCUGCUUCAUAUGAGGCCAUUCCUUUGGUGGAUGAAACAUUUAAGGAUCCGCUUGAAGGGACCAGCCUUUCGCUUAUUAAAGGUGUCACGGAGUUGCUUCUGCGCCCUUUCAAUAUGGCGGGACCCCCUCUUUCUUCUGAGAGGGGUCAGAAUGAGCGCUGUUACCGUCGCCAAAUGGUUACGACGGAUGCCUUUAUGAUGGGCUGGGGCACGGUCUACAAGGACAGACCAGCAUCGCCCUCCGUGGGAGAUUCUGAUCAGAAAAGUUCUGCUAUCUCAGCUUCAAGGCAAGAUCUGACACCCUCAACCCGAGAUCUGGAAGCUGUGGGUAUGGCCCAUAAAAGGCCACCAGCUUUUACUUAUAGUCUUCCUGCUGAUGUUAAGGAGCCUGUCGCUAGUGCCAGAGCCCUUUCCACGAGGAGGCUGCAUUCCUCCAAGUGGAAGGUCUUUGAGUCAUGGUGCUUAGCCCAUGCGGUGGACCCAGUCAGCUGCCCUGUAGGUCCAGUGCUGGAGUGCCUGCAAGAAAAAUUUGCGGUGGGAGCGGUUGCUACUACCCUGAGAGUUUAUGUCGUGGCAUCGCCUCUCGGAGAGAUACUCUUUUUAAAAGUAGAAAGAACACUGAAUUUCCAUCUCCUACCCAAGACUGUAAAGAGAAGAGUUUAUGCCCUGAAGAGGCUCCAGCUCCAGAGCGCCAACAUAGAGGCCAAGUUCUAUGAAGAAGUCCAUGAGCUCGAGAGGAAGUAUGCUGGCCUCUACCAGCCCAUCUUUGACAAGAGACGGGACAUUGUGGCUGGCGCCGUUGAACCCACAGAUGAGGAAUGUGAAUGGCAAAGUGACAGGGAGGAAGAGGAUCUUGCUGAAGAUUUGCAGAAAAAAGCUGCUCUGGAGGAGAAGCAGGCAGAUUCAGCCGUCGCCGAUGAUCCGAAAGGAGUCCCGGAGUUCUGGCUCACCAUCUUCAAGCGUGUGGAUAUGCUGGAAGAAAUGCUGCAGGUUGCAUUACUUCUCUGUAAGAUUGACUGGCACAAAGGCAAAGACGUGACCGUCAAAAUUGUUAAGAAGAAGCAGAAACACAAAGGCAGAGGGACUGUUCGGACGGUCACCAAAGAGGUUCCACAGGAUUCAUUCUUCAACUUCUUCAAUCCGGUUAAAGCGUCACCUGAUGGAAUGGAUGAAGACUUGGACUUCACUCUAGCUACAGAUUUUGAGAUCGGACACUUCUUCCGAGAGAGGGUCAUUCCCAAAGCGGUGCUUUAUUUCACUGGAGAGGCCUUAGAGGACGACGAGAGUUAUGAAGAGGAGGAUCUUGAAGAGGGAGAGGAGGAGGAUCUGGAUGACGAAGGUGAAGAAGAGGAUGAGGGAGAUUGUGAUCCCACGAAAGACCCUCCUCCUGCAGAGUGCAAACAGCAGUAAGACUGGUGAACAGAUAGCCACGGCACAACUCGGCUGUCCGUCAGACAAUUAGAAGAUGUGGACGCAGGCCUCAUUUCCUCGUGGACUCGCCACACUAAUGCAAUAGGAAACCAAACACUGUUUAGGAAAUGCAUGUUUGUUUGUUUGUUUAUUUCUCUACUGUUUACUUUUACAGAGAUGACCUCAGAUGACCUUCUCAUUCAUAAGUCGUGUAAUUUCGCGCUCCAAAAUUUAACCCUCAAAAUGGAUCAUAUAUAAGACGUAUGAUUUCUUUUAUUUUCUAUAUUCGAAACGUCAGAGCUGGUGUGCAAUGCAAGAGGGUCUAGCAAAGAUGCCACAUGUGUUUUGAAUUCUUAACGUCCAUAUGCAGCCAUGGCCAUUUUUGCAACAUAGCAGGUUUUUGGACACUCCCCAGAUGAUAUGUGCUCCCAGGCGUCGUCCAGUGAAGCAUUACUCAGGCUUUCUUUUGCCAACAAAAUGAACCUGCUGUCUUCACGAAUCUGACAUAACUUAAAUUUCCGAUAUAGCUGUUACAAUGUAGUUACGAAAGUGUUUUGAUGUGGAUCGUCCUGCUCAAUGGUAGCCGAACGAUGUGGAUUGUGGUAAUAGAAUAUUUCUGAUUCGUCUCCAGGGUUGGGCGUCAUCGAAUUCCCCAUCCCUGCGUGACAUAACGGAUAUCCAUGCCAUGCACAUUGACAUGGGAUUUCAAUCGUAUUUUAAUUCACUAUGUGGUUAUGUGUCAAGUUGCUUGCAUUCAUGCACAGAAUUGCAUCAGUAUUGGGAAUGUUAACGAGCAGAUCUUAAAGCCAUUGCAGGUUUACUCUCCGUUUGAACUGUGUGCGAGCCGUAGCCUUAUCUGGAACUUCUUUGGUUUGUAAUGCAGCAUUGUUUCCAUUUUGUACAAAAUAGACAAAAAGAUUCUAUUAAAUGUUGUUCGACAUGA